GCGUUGCUAGCAAGCAAAAGCCAGGUAGAAAAAAGUGUUUUUAACACGCAGAAGCCACCACUGGGUUACUCACACACUCUCUCUCCUCGCUUUCUCUCUCUCUCUCUCUAAAAAUUUGGGAACGAAAGCUAAGGAAUCGGAGACGCCAUGAAUCGGCACCACGAUCCCAACCCGUUUGACGAGGAGGAGGUCAAUCCAUUCUCGAAUGGCGUUUCUGCUCCUGGAUCAAAGGGACGUGUUCCUCCAGCUGCAUCUGAUUCCCUCGGUUUUGGGCAAAAACAUGAUGCCACGGUUGAUAUACCGCUGGACACAAUGAAUGAUUCUAAGCAAAAAGCAAAAGAACUUGCAUCUUGGGAAGCAGAUCUCAAAAGGAGGGAGAAGGAAAUAAAAAGGAAAGAAGAUGCCCUUGUUAAAGCUGGCGUUCCUACUGAUGAUAAAAAUUGGCCUCCGUUCUUCCCUAUAAUCCAUCAUGAUAUAGCUAAUGAAAUACCAGCUCACGCUCAAAGACUACAGUAUUUGGCUUUUGCAAGUUGGUUAGGUAUUGUCCUUUGCCUUGUUUUCAACGUCAUUGCGGUGAUUGUAUGUUGGAUUAGAGGUGGAGGUGUAAAAAUAUUUUUUCUUGCAACAAUCUAUGCUCUUCUCGGAAUCCCACUUUCAUAUGUACUCUGGUAUAGGCCGUUGUAUCGUGCAAUGAGGACCGAUAGUGCCUUCAAAUUUAGUUGGUUUUUCCUUUUCUACUUGAUCCAUAUUGGAUUUUGCAUCUUCGCUGCUAUUGCUCCUCCAAUAGUCUUCCAUGGAAAGUCUUUGACUGGCAUACUCCCAGCAAUUGAUCUCUUCUCGGGCCAUGUCUUGGUCGGGAUAUUCUACUUGGUUGGGUUUGGCUUGUUUUGCUUAGAAUCGCUCCUGAGCUUGUGGGUACUUCAGAAAGUAUACUUGUAUUUCAGGGGGCACAAGUGAAGUGGAGAUGUACGGACUAUGGAGUCACGAUCCUAUUACCAUGACCGUGUAGAGUCUAGAGCUUUCGGGAGAGUUUUACCUUUUAUUGUAUUCUUGUUCAGCAUAUUGUGUUUGUUCUAUCACUAUAAUCAUCAUUGCAUUAGUAUACAACGAUUAGUAUGUUAAAUAUAUUGUAUCUAGUAUGUUUUUCAUGUAUUAGAAAAUCUUUUCUUCUUUUAGACAUCCAAUUCUAUGAUAUAUUCUUUUGUUUGUCCAAA